AUGAACUUUGAAUACGGUCCCUGGGAGGAAACCGGUCUAGGGAAGUCCACGCGGCUGUCAGUUUUGCGUCGCACAUACGCAAAGCCCGAGCUGGCAGUGAAGACUCUUCCAGCUGCCCCGAAAUCAAAUGAGCCUGCUGAGGGAACCAGCGCGCAGGUUGGCUUCUUGGCGAAGCACGAUUCAUGGAAACUUUUGCGAGUGAUCACUGGCCACGAAGGGUGGGUCCAGAGUAUAUGUGUUGAGCCUGACAACCAAUGGUUCGCGACGGGUUCUGCAGAUCAUACCAUCAAGGUCUGGGAUCUGGCCUCCGGGAAACUGCGAUUGACUUUGACGGGCCAUAUAAUGGGAGUGCGGGCACUAGAAGUGUCGGACCGUAUGCCGUAUUUGUUUAGUGCUGGAGAGGAUAAGACGGUGAAAUGCUGGGAUCUGGAGUCCAAUCGCGUGGUCAGGGACUACCAUGGUCACCUAUCUGGUGUUUAUUCUCUCAGCUUACAUCCCACACUGAACGUUUUAGUGACUGCGGGAAGGGACAGCGUUGUCCGGGUUUGGGACAUUCGCACUCGCCAUGAGAUCCAUGUCUUGCAGGGCCACCGCGGCCCCAUCAAUUCGGUUCAGUGUCAGGCAGUCGAUCCGCAGAUCGUUUCAGGCUCACAGGAUAGCACCGUCCGUCUUUGGGACCUUGCAGCUGGAAAAUGUGUGGAGACUCUCACCCACCAUACCAAAUCUGUUCGGUCCGUGCUGAUCCACCCCACAGAGUUCACAUUCAUGAGUGCGGACCGCGAUGCCAUCAAGAAAUGGCAGCUUCCGGCCGCUGCAUUCAUGGGUGACUUUAAGGCCGACAAGCCGCGAAUAACCAACACUCUGUCGUUGAGUGUUGACGAUUUGUUAUUUGCCGGAGGUGAUGAUGGUACCCUGAACUUUUACGACUACAACACUAUGGAAAUGGUGUUUCAAACACAAACGACGCCUGUACCUGGCUCAAUUGCAGAAGAGUCGGGCAUUCUUUGCUCAUCAUUCGACAAAUCAGGAAUUCGUCUUCUCACCGGUGAAGCCGAUAAAUCAAUCAAAGUCUGGGGGCCGGCUGACUAG